ACCGCACAGUGUUCCGACGACCGAAAACUGGGGAGGUUUUCCGCUCGCCCUAGUCGACAACCGCUCGGCCGACGGAGCGCUAUGCCCGUUAAAACGGCUCAGUAAUCGCGAAAAGUGCAGCAGAAACGGGCGAAUCCGACUCUCCUGGUAAGAUAACGAUGAUUACCCAAUUGAAAGAAAAUUAUUUACAUGCGAAGAUAAAGGCAUAAGGAGCAAAGAAGUUUAGCUGACGUGGGGUCGGGGCAUCCGAGCUGGUCGCUACCUCGCACGUCACAGACGUAGGUGGGAGAGGACAAAGCACGACGGAUUCAGAAGAUAAGAGAAGAGGUGGAGGUUCGCGGGUCAGUAUGAGCGGGCGGUAGCGGACGCGCAGGCGCGGAUCGAUCGCGCGGCAUCGAACGGCGCGGCGCCCAUUCGCUAGGAGGACUCGCCGCUCGCUCAGUCGCGCGCGGGCUGGCGUGCGAGCGCGCGCAUCCUUGCGAGUGCAUGGCGCGCUUGUCUGGAUGCCUCGUGCCCUCGGGGAAUGGCUUCGUCCGAGGAAGAGGCGACAACCGCGUCGAGCCCUGAAGAUGACUGCCUCAGUGUGCGAAAAUGGUGGUGCUUCCUGCUGUCGUCGAUAUUCACGUUCAUCGCGGGCCUGCUGGUCGUGCUGGUAUGGCGGGCGGGCGCGUUCUUCUGCUGCCGCAAGGAGCCGGAGCUCUCGCCGAACGACCCCAAGCAGAAGGAGCAGAAAGCGGUGCGCCAGGGCAAACAGGAGUUCGAGGGCACCUUCAUGACCGAAGCCAAGGACUGGGCCGGCGAACUGAUCUCCGGUCAGACGACGACAGGUCGAAUACUGGUAGUGUUGGUGUUCAUCCUGAGUAUAGCAUCGCUCAUCAUCUACUUUAUUGACGCGUCAAGUGAGGAGGUCGAGCGGUGCCAGAAAUGGAGCGACAAUAUUACACAGCAGAUCGACCUUGCCUUUAACAUAUUUUUUAUGGUCUACUUUUUUAUACGAUUUAUAGCAGCUAGUGACAAACUAUGGUUCAUGCUCGAGAUGUAUUCAUUUGUAGAUUAUUUCACGAUACCCCCAUCCUUUGUAUCAAUAUACCUGGAUAGAACGUGGAUAGGGCUAAGGUUCCUCAGAGCUCUACGCUUAAUGACCGUGCCUGAUAUUUUGCAGUACCUCAAUAUAUUAAAGACAUCGAGUUCGAUUCGUUUGGCGCAAUUAGUGUCGAUAUUUAUUUCGGUAUGGCUUACGGCAGCCGGUAUCAUUCAUUUGUUGGAGAACUCCGGCGACCCGCUGGAGUUCAACAACGCGCAGUCGCUGUCGUACUGGACGUGCGUGUAUUUCCUCAUCGUGACCAUGUCCACCGUAGGUUACGGAGACGUCUUCUGUCACACUGUACUUGGCAGGACCUUUUUGGUUUUUUUUCUCCUUGUCGGCUUGGCAAUGUUCGCUAGUAGCAUUCCUGAAAUUAUAGAGCUGGUAGGAAGUAGGUCCAAGUACAGUGGCGAGCUGAAGCGCGAACACGGAAAAAGGCAUAUAGUAGUAUGUGGACAUAUAACAUACGAAUCUGUAAGCCAUUUCUUAAAAGACUUCCUACAUGAAGACAGAGAGGAUGUAGACGUCGAGGUUGUUUUUUUACACAGGAAACCGCCCGACCUGGAGCUCGAAGGCCUGUUCAAGAGACACUUUACUACUGUGGAAUUCUUUCAAGGCACCAUUAUGAAUCCAAUCGAUCUUCAGAGGGUAAAAGUACACGAGGCUGACGCGUGCUUGGUGCUCGCCAACAAAUACUGUCAGGACCCUGACGCGGAGGACGCCGCUAAUAUCAUGAGAGUGAUCUCCAUUAAAAACUACUCCGACGAUAUUAGAGUUAUUAUACAGCUGAUGCAGUAUCAUAAUAAGGCUUACCUCCUCAACAUUCCCUCCUGGGACUGGAAACAGGGUGACGACGUGAUUUGCUUGGCCGAGCUAAAGCUGGGCUUCAUAGCGCAGAGCUGCCUGGCGCCGGGAUUCUCCACCAUGAUGGCCAACCUGUUCGCCAUGAGAAGCUUCAAAACGUCUACUCGCAAAGCGAAAUGGACGUAUGAGUACAAACAAGGCUCAGGCAUGGAGAUGUACACAGAGACACUGAGUAGUUCCUUUGUUGGGGUUCUCUUCAACCACGCGGCGCAAUUAUGUUUCACUAAAUUAAAACUGCUUCUACUGGCAAUCGAGAUCAAGGGCGAGGAAGGAGCCGACAGCAAGAUAUCAAUUAAUCCAAGGAACGCGAAGAUCCACGCUAACACACAAGGGUUUUUUAUCGCACAGUCUGCUGAUGAAGUAAAAAGGGCGUGGUACUAUUGCAAAGCGUGCCACGAAGACAUCAAGGAUGAGACACUUAUCAAGAAGUGCAAGUGCAAAAACUUGACCGCGCACCAGCGGAAGGUCGGAGCCGAUAUAGAUGUCGGAAUGAUGAUGAUGCAGACGGGGAUGGUGAAACAAAGUCUUAAUUACCGUGGUUGCCUCGGAGAUACGGAGCGUGGGGCCAAUGACAUUUACCUGGCCACGUUCAGGAAAGGUGUACGGGCCGUCCAGAUGGUUGGCAGGGCAAAUGACCACCAUCCUCCCCCUACCUUCACGCCGCCAGAGUUGCCCAAGAAGGUCCAUGUUCGAGGUGAAGUCGCAAGAGAACGAGGAGAAGAUAUAAGCCUGAUAAACCGGAAUCAUCGGAACGCCGCGCCGACGACCCUGCUCUCGCCCAUGGCCAACCAGCUCAUGAACACAACCACCACGAGGCAAGUGAACAAAGUCAAGCCCAACGUGAACAGAGCCCCGCCUGACACGAAUACGCAAGAUCAAGACGCGAAUUACCAGGCCUAUCAUCUUGCCUACGAAGUGAAAAAACUCAUGCCGACUAGUAGGAGUAGCGGAGGCAAUCAGAACAGCAACGGCGUAAGUCUGCCAGCCGGUCUGGCCGACGAUCAGUCGAAGGAUUUCGACUUUGAAAAGACUGAAAUGAAAUACGAUUCCACUGGAAUGUUCCAUUGGAGUCCCGCUAGAAACCUUGAAGAUUGUAUACUAGAUAGAAACCAAGCCGCCAUGACAGUUCUGAACGGUCAUGUGGUGGUGUGUCUAUUCGCUGACCCAGACUCACCGCUGAUAGGAUUAAGGAACCUGGUAAUGCCACUACGUGCCUCCAACUUCCAUUACCACGAGCUGAAACACGUCGUCAUAGUCGGCAGCGUCGAGUAUAUUAGGAGAGAAUGGAAGAUGUUGCAGAAUCUACCCAAGAUAUCUGUUCUGAAUGGUUCACCGCUAAGCCGGGCCGACUUGCGCGCAGUGAACGUCAACCUGUGCGAUAUGUGCUGUAUACUGUCAGCGAAGGUGCCGUCCAACGACGACCCCACGCUGGCCGACAAGGAGGCCAUCUUGGCUUCGUUGAACAUCAAGGCUAUGACGUUCGACGACACGAUCGGAGUGCUGGCCGCUAACGGUACCGCGCCGACCGCCACCGCGCCCGUGCUGCUGCAGCGGCGCGGCUCGGUGUAUGGCGCCAACGUGCCUAUGAUAACCGAGCUCGUGAACGACAGCAACGUCCAGUUCCUCGACCAGGACGACGACGACGACCCCGACACGGAGCUGUAUCUCACGCAGCCGUUCGCGUGCGGCACCGCCUUCGCCGUCAGCGUGCUCGACUCGCUCAUGUCCACUACGUACUUCAACCAGAACGCGUUGACGCUAAUCCGGUCUCUGAUCACGGGCGGCGCGACGCCGGAGUUGGAGCUCAUACUGGCGGAGGGCGCCGGACUGAGGGGCGGGUACUCCACACCUGAAAGUUUGGCUAACAGGGAUCGGUGUCGCGUCGGUCAGAUAUCACUGUACGACGGGCCGCUAGCGCAAUUCGGCGAGGCGGGCAAGUACGGCGAUCUGUUCGUGGCGGCGCUGCGCACGUACGGCAUGCUGUGUAUCGGCCUGUACCGCUUCCGAGACACCUCCAGCUCGUGUGACGCCAGCAGCAAGCGAUACGUCAUCACCAACCCGCCAGAUGACUUCUGUCUGCUGCCUACUGAUCAGGUGUUCGUGCUGAUGCAGUUCGACCCGGGCGUUGAGUACCGCGCGAGCCGUCGCGCCGGCGCCACGCCGAAGGACGACGCCUCCUGACUAUUGCUGUGCAGCGCCCUCACGGACGGGCCCUACUCCUACAUCUAGGGGCCCGGCCUUCGCCCCCUGACAAUACCCCGCCCCGCUCCGCCCCCCUACGAAGAGUGCGUGCCGAGGGGUAACUUUUAACAUCGUAAUUCCGAUAUCGCAACUCUGAUUCGAUCUAACAGACUCUCUUACAUUCUUUCGAUUGUCACUGUGACAGUUUUUUUUCUAAGUACCCUCUUAUAUUAUGUUAACUUACAGUUGAGUGUAAAACUUUCUUUAUGUCUGUAAUACUUGAAUGUAAUCUAUACUGCCUCAAACAACGAUAUAUCGAGCUUUUACAUUUGAUUGUACAGAGUAUUGAUUAAACUUAGAUAAGCUGUUUUGGACUUUAUACUGGUUCAAACAACUUUCAAGGUUCUGAUUAGAUCGAACUAGAAAUUUGCGAUAGUUCUUUCCGUUGAUCCGUUGUUGGUUAUCCUUGGGUGCUCCUCUAUUUUUGUCAGCGUUUAACUUUGGAUAUUAUGCUAAGAAAACGAGUAAUAGUAUCCGUUCCGUGUACUUUUUAUACGUUAAAAUAUCCAAGAACAUACGGUUUCAUGGCCUCAUAACUUGUCAAUUGGCAGAAGCAAUCAAAAUAAUUACGUGACCAGUAACAGCUAUUACUGUGAUUGUUGCUGUUACUGCGUCACCGGAUUAUGUGCCUGCUAAAAAACUUCCCAUAUUAAUAAAUAUCUUACUCUCUCUGCUCCUCCUUUACGCUUAUCCAUGUUGCUGCAUGGCAGCUACAUGGAUUAGUGUAAGAGACGAGCAAGUAUUUUUAUGAAAGGGAAGAAAGUUUUGAGUCUAUUUAAUCCAAAUCAAUUUUGACGUUAUUCUGAGGACAGCGUUUUGGGCUUUUUUAUUGUCGCUUACCUGUUUUUAACCUGUCGUUUAUUAUGGUUUGAUAGUUGCCAGAUCCAAAGAGAUACCAACACGGGAGGGCAAAAUUUUGUAAGAUUGACCCCUCGGUCCGCCUCCGUCAAAUCCCCAAACAGUGAUUCCGAAUUUUUUUAAAGCUGUUUAGUUUUACACUGCACUGCAAAUUAUCACUCACUUCUACACGACUGUUAGAACGUUCAAGAUUUAAAUCCGUUGAUG